CCAAGGACUCACGUCCAGUCGACCAUCUCCAAACUUUAUUCCAUUUAACUUCCUGAUUUCUCUCUCCACGAUCUAGUGUCACCUCUCUCUCUCUCUCUCUCUUCUGUUCCGUCUUCCUACCAUCCUCAUCGUCCUCUCCUUCCGAAAACCGCAACGAGCAAGAACCCCUCGACCUCUCCUACUUCAAUCAAUCAGCCGUUGACAGUUACUGUCGACUCAAAUUUCUUCAUUACACUAUUUUCCUAGAGUAAGCCCACAUGCUCUGUCGUUCUUCUUCCUUGUCGUCUUCGGAUCAUUGAAGCUUAAGGCAGGUCUUCUUCAACUUUCGUUUCUGUGUCAAAUCCACAAGAUCAGGUCAUUAUAGAAAUUCUAACGAAGUUCGGAAGCCUUCUGAUUUUCGUGCACUGAAUCUCUUCAAUAAAUGGUCUGCCAACAUUCCUAAGCUACAGGUUCAACUCAAGGCUUUAAUACAUGUGAACUGUGUUCUUGAAUGGGUGCUAUGGCAGGCAACAACCUGCCAUCUCUUGGUCGUGUUAAACUCACUGAUCUGAUAGCAUCUGAAGGUCUCCCUUCUGAUUCCUAUAAAAUAUCUGUGUCAACUUUAUCACAAUCUCUAGCACAGUAUUCUGCUGCCAUUAUUCAGUUGCCAGGGAAUGAUGGGGCCCUUUUAAGAUCUGGGCUGGAUUCUGCUCGCCUUUACUUCCAUCAAAGAUCAUCAUAUUCAGCUGCAGAAAUGGUUCAUACAAAUGAUUCCCGUGAAUGGUGCAAGACAUCUGGUUAUUAUGCAGAUCCUCAACUUUGGCAAGAAACCUAUGAUUACAGACCAGGCCUGACUCCUACUGAGCCUAACAACACUAUGGAGUUACCUCCUGCUGGUUUGCCUGACGUAUUUGCAUUACUUGGAAAGGCAGCUAGGGAUAUCUUGGAUGCUAUCAGCUUUUCCUUGAAUUUACGUAGUUCUCCAUUUACUGAAAUUCUUGACAAUGUACCCUUAAGAAGUCGGGAAAUUUCAUCAUCAGUUCUGACAGUCUGUUGUCAUUCAAGGCCAUCGUUCCAGGGAGCACAACGCCAUGGUUUGACUACACAGGAGGAUGGACAACUAGUUAUGUUUCCUGACCAUGAUCAUCAAGCUGAUAAAAGCUUGAUCACUGUUGUUAAGUCAGAUAAAGCAGGUUUACAUAUAAGAGACUUUCAUGGGCGUUGGAUACUUGUAGAUGGUGAUAUUGGUCCCCAAGAGGCAGUUGUCUUCCCUGGGCUAGCCCUUUACCAGGCAACUGCAGGUUAUGUAAGCCCUGCUCUGCACCGGAUAGAAACUGGUAACCUACAAGGUAACAUGUAUGGACGCUGUUCCUUGGUAUUCAAGCUCAUGCCUAAAUCCAUGGCAAGUUUCAACUGCUCUGAGAUGGCUGCUGCUGGUCAUGGCAUUGAAGCUCAGUUCCAGCUUCCAAUACCAGUUGAUGACUUCAUGCAGAGAUCCCAUCCGACUGAUCAACUCUUUACUAGGCACAGCUUCCCAAAUUAUAAUUUCACAGCAGGCCAAGACGGAUCUUUGAAGCCUCUGCUAAAGAGGAGGAAGAAUAAUACGAGGUGUAAACCUCUGCCACCUUCCAAGAGGUUGAGGCUUGAGGCACAGAGGGUACUGAAGGAGCGAGUCCAGGAAAUUGCUGACAAGAAGGGCAUCAAGCUGAGGUUCUGUAAUCUUAAGGAGUGUGAAGGCCACUUACAAUCUCUGGACAGCCCCUGUGGUAGCAUACGGAUGGAGAUAGGUUGGCCACCAGGGGUCCCAUUUGUUCAUCCCCAUGAUCUACCGAAUAAAGCAAAGCUGGGUUUCCUUGAAGCAUAUGAACCUGGUUGGACAGCAUCUCAAGAUAUGGAGAAUCAACCGUUAUAAAUUUUAAUGUUUACCCACCCUAUGUAAUCCUGUGAUGACAUAAUCUCAGCUAAAAGCAUAGCUUAAUCUCCUAAUCCUGUACACGUGGCAGAAAUGUACAUUACCCUUUUGUAAUUCGCAUAAAAGCCCUGAAGAGGAUGUAAGCUUGGAUUAUCUGAAAGGCCAAGUAGCAGUUGAUUGUAAAUAGGUAAAGCCAACUACGACUACUUCAAAGUUUCUUUCAGGAAAAGGUAGAUUUGAAGCUUAUGUUUGUCACUUCUGUAGAUUUUUAUGGAGUUGUUAUUGACAGAAUAAACAUGAUCAUUCACAUUUGAAGAGUUUACAGAGACGUGCGAUAGCGAGGCAACGUUACCUGAUCAUUGAGCGGUUGUAAGUUGACAAAAGGAGGGGGGAAAUGUUUUAGUUGUACUUGUACAAACAUUGCACUAUGAAAAUAAAUUUAGUGAAUGGGCCACUAUUUUAUUUCAGCAACUACUUUGUAUUUUAUGUUGAGUUUGAAAGUUCUCAUUUGUGUUUAAAAUAAAAAAGAGGAAGUUC